CGAAACUAUAAAUUCAUAAAUGCAAAAUUAGAUGCUUUCAGAGCGGUUUCAAAAGCAUUAAGAUUGAUAUCAAAUAUCCUCUUUCGACACAUUCAAAACUUGUGCCAAAAUAAAGUAUGCUGCUCUUUCGUUUAAUCUAAGAAAUCUGGAUCAGUUUCUUUGGAAUUUUAAUUUUAAUUUUAAUGAUAAAUUAUAAUCACGUCUAUAUCUCUCUUUCUCUCCCCCUUCCUCUGUUUUUCUUUCCUAUCAUGUCCACAAUGAUGUCUGUGAUUUUUGCCUGAAUUUUAACGGCACGUUCGCGUUAACGCAUGUUGACUUUUUCGGCAAAAAUUUGCAUAUUCAAACUGCUUUUAGUUCCAACUUAUUGUUAGUAAUUUCAAUUAAAGGAUUUUAAGACUGACAAAAAUUUGUCUAACCAUCAGACUGUUGCGAGCAUACGUGCCAAUGAAUUCAUAUUGUCCCUCUGCUCGCGUGCUUACCACGCGCGUGGAGAGUUUAAGUUUUCAGAUUUCACUCUAUAGGGAGACUGCGCCCCACCAUCCUCUUCAUUAUAGACGCGAGACAUUUCAGAACCAUUGGCCGGGCUACAAUCCGCUCGUGCGAUACAGUUGAUCCGUGGUCAUCCACCAAGGAAGGAGGGAUCCACUUGAACACAAACUAUCAUCCUCUUUGCAUUGUCUUCUUUUUUCUCAUCUCAAAAGCGGACGCCACAACAAUAUCCACGUCUCGAAGCUAUCAUGAGUUUUAACAAACCGCGUUAUCAAGAAUUCACAUAACAAUUGCGCCAAAUUGCGAAUCAAGAAUAAUCAAUCGAUCAAGGAAGAUCCAGAUCAAGAUUAAAUCGUGUAACAAGUGCCACAACGAGAAGAACUCUUGACAAUGACAGCAUCCUGACACAAGAUUGAUAUCCAAUUUAUACUACGGUUGUCUCAAGGGUGUCUCUGUCAGCGGACCGCGAACAUCAGUAGACGAAAAGAAGAAUCUUGCUUGAAGAUCAAUUUUAAAAACUCGUGGAAUAUCGCCAAUGAUGUGGAUUCGUGAUCAGUGAUCUCACGCUAGUUUCCUUUAAACGUGUCACACAUCUUUUCUGUGAACAUUUACGAGACGAACAUGUGGAACGCGAUGCGUUUUCCGUUCAUCGCCUUACUUGCACUUCUCGUGAUCUACGCCGAAGGAGUAUCUGCCGAUAUUCCGAAUGGUGCCGUGCAGGAACCGAUUCUUCGAGUAAAAAACUUGCCAACGACAAUUAACGUAGUCGAUAAAAAAAACUGGACCAGUCUGUCGAACGUGCUGGAUGUUUUUAGUGCACAUAAUUUAGUCAAAAAUUGGGCCGAAGGAGAGUACGCAAUCGGAGCACAAUGCAGCAAAGACAUCACGACGUACGUCGAAGCUUUGAAGAAUAAAGAAUUGUGGGCUCUCAAAGUGGAUGAUGCGUCGGGUAGAUUUACCAAUGGAUUCUUCUGGGGUAAUUCUUAUUUCACCGGAUCGGCGACAGAAUGUGACUAUAUCGGAGAAAUUCAUACCCGGAAAAAUUCCAAAAUCAAUGUGGAAUCGUCAAUUGAAGAGGUACGAGAAUUUAACGCAGAGCCGCGGAAAACGAUGAAUUUCGGCCUAAGCGGGACCAAUACCUGGAUCCAAACUACAUCUACCGAUGUACCACCUUAUCAUCUAGGAUUUUAUAUGAUGAGAAUUUUUAUAAACGCAUCUCAAUAUACAGCAACACGAUUGAUUCAUCUCGGAGUCUGUCUUCCAUUCUCAUGUACGGCCUCAGAUGUAGCUAUAAUCGGUAAACUCGCUGCGGGAGAAUUUGCAGCAAAACACUCAUCUAUCGAAAAAGUCCGAGAUCAACAUAAUUUAUAUGACAUGUUCUCAGAUCCUGUCUUCUGGUGUUUGUUCGGUGUCAGCUUAGUGGUCCUAAUACUGAUGAUCCUCGGUACCGGAUACGACUAUUACCUACUGAAAAAGUUAACCCGCAAAAGAAAUGUAAUUUACGAUUUGGAGAAACACGGGAAACUCGAUCAUCUCACAAAUGGCAAUCGGAAGGCACUAAAUGCUUUUCAAGGUAAGGUCUACCUUCCUGUUCCAGUAGCAGAUUCUAACACCAACGGAGUGCAGCGGAUCAACAAUAAUAACGAUCACGAGAACAGCUUGCAGUCGUCUACUACAGAGGAACAGCAGGAGCUCAACGUCUUUGAGGAACUUUUACUUUCAUUCUCCAUUCCCGCCAACGUGGCAACCAUCUGCGACCGUAAUGUGGGUGGUGACACUAUCAGCACCGUCCAUGGACUCAGGGCGAUAUCGAUGGCAUGGGUCAUCCUCGGGCAUACGUGCAUCGUCCUUUUCAAGUACUCGGACAAUAUGGAAUAUCGCAAAGUGGUGGAGAAGAGAUUCCUCUUCCAGACUAUCACAAACGGGGCCUUUAGUGUCGAUACGUUCUUCUUCAUGGGCGGCUUGCUCGUGAGCUUCCUGUACUUCAGAACCAAUGCUAAGGGAGACUUGAAGAGGCUCACGCAAGGCACGCGAGGCUUCCUCGCGGGCAGCCUGAAAUUCAUCGGACUUCUUCUGUACAGAUUCAGUAGGCUCACCGCACCGUACAUGUUUGUACUAGGUGUGGUCGAGGUCUCGAUGAAGUAUUUCCACGCAAACUCCGUUUUCGAGCCUCCUACGGCGGACCAUUAUAAUUGUCCCAAUUAUUGGUGGAGAAAUUUGCUCUAUAUCAAUACUUGGUUUCCCGUCGAGGAAAUGUGUAUGCUUUGGAGUUGGUACGUAGCAGAUGACACACAAUUUUACAUCGUGGGCGGAGUCAUACUAGUGCUUGCUACAAAACACUUUAAAAUAGCGGCUGCCGCUUUAAUUGGUCUACUAAUAAGCUCGUGGGCAACUACUGGCUAUAUUGCUUUGAUCAACAAUCAUAUGCCAACCUCGGAUGAUCCAUUAGCCCUCUUCGACAAGAUCUACGAUAAACCGUGGACAAGAUUAGGGCCCUAUUUGAUUGGGAUGUCCGUCGGUUAUUUUCUCUUUAAGACUGACUGUAAAAUAAAAAUGUCUAAGGCUACCGUCGUCAUAGGAUGGCUUUUGUCUUCCGCGUGUCUCUUGAGUUUACUUUACGGUCUAUACGAAGCGGAACUUGCACCUGUUACAGCCGCUGCAUAUUCUUCCCUAAGCCACAGUGCAUGGGCGCUAGGCCUGGCAUGGAUCGUAAUAGCAUGUAGCACUGGCUACGGAGGAUACAUAAAUAAGAUAUUAUCGUGGCCACUCUUGUAUCCAUUCAGCAGAGUGACUUACUGUGCUUAUCUAGUUCACCCACUUGUAAUUCGAUGGACCGCGAUGAAUCUAGAUUCUCCGUUCCAUUUAGGAAAGGAUACUGUGUUAAUAACAUUCCUGGGACAACUAGUGCUGUCUUACGCUUUAUCUUUCAUAGUGUCAGUCACCUUCGAAGCACCAGUAGUCAGUAUGCUAAAGAUCCUCGCACCAAAAAAGCGAAAACGCAUACAAUAGACACUAAACUAUAUUUAACGCAUACUGAAUAUUCGUACGAUUAUUUAUACAAUUUUAUUUACACAUUAUACGUACGUAUAUUUUUAUCUGCGAAUAAGUGGUACCAUGUUGCAAAUGUUAUUAUGUACAUGUUGCAUCAGUACCGCGCACAUUGUUUGAUUUAUCUCAAACACGAAUGAACAACGUAAACCCUUUUAUGUGUAUUGUUAGAUGUAAAAUAAAUUAUUUCUCUUUGUAUUGUAACUUU